AUGCAGCAGGCUCAAUAUACGGACGGGACAGCGACCGAUCUCCGACUGCUACACUCUCUCGACGACCUGGGGGCGCUUCGGCGUAAAGGCGAUCGAGCCACAAAGGACAGUGAGGUAGAAGAGGGUGAUCCUGGGCCCAUCUCUUGGCACCAACGUAUCUCUAUCUGGAUGAUCAACGAAGGCAUGUUUGAUCUGUUUUGUGUCCACGUUGGCCUCUUUGGCCUCUCCUUCUUCAACUACUACUUCUCCGACAACUUCGAAAUCGCCCGUUCAAAACUCGGUGUCACCCUCCCCAUCGCCCGAGGAGCGGCUCUGGUCCUCCAUGUCGAUUCUGGAAUGAUCCUCUUCCCCGUCUGUCGAACCCUCAUCUCUUGGCUCCGCUCCACGCCUUUGAAUCGGAUUGUUCCCUUUGAUAAGGCAUUGGCAUUUCAUAAGGCGAUUGCAUGGAGUAUUGUGUUUUUCACGAUGCUACAUACCUUUGCGCAUUAUGUGAAUUUCUGGAGGCUGUCGAGGACGGAUCCGGACAAGUUUUCGUUUUUGGGGUUGAUGUUUGGCUCAGGACCAGGGUUGACGGGCCAUUUGAUGUUGUUGGCGCUUUUGGUCAUGGUUUUUACAUCCCUCCCCAGGGUCCGCCAGGCCAAGUUUGAGGUGUUUUGGUACUGGCAUCAUCUGUUCUUGGUUUUUUUUGGACUCUUCUCUUUCCAUGGCGCAUUCUGUCUCCUCACACCGGACCGCGCACCACAUUGCAAGGAUAUCGCCAGCUUCUGGAAGUACUGGGUCGCGAGUGGAUCAAUGUAUCUCCUAGAACGAGUUCUUCGAGAAUGGCGCGGGAUGCAAAAGACAACCAUCUCCAGAGUCAUCCUUCACCCGUCCAAGGUUGUCGAGAUCCAGAUGAAGAAGGAGUCUUGUCGCGCCCUGGCAGGACAGUACAUCUUUCUGUGCUGCCCUGAAGUCUCGCUCUGGCAAUGGCACCCCUUCACAUUAACCAACGCCCCCGAGGAGGACUACCUUAGCGUACAUAUCCGUGUCGUCGGCGAUUUCACAAAGGCACUCGGACGCCGACUAGGCUGCGACGUUGACGGCGUCGCAGAAUGGGAAGAGACAAUGGGCGACAAAGGCGAUGGCCUCGUCACCAUCCUUCCCCGAGUCAUGAUUGACGGCCCCUUCGGAGCAGCUUCAGAAGACGUCUUCAAAUUCGAAGUCACCAUCCUCGUCGGCGCUGGUAUCGGCGUCACCCCCUUCGCCUCCGUCCUAAAAUCGAUCUGGUACAGAGUCAACUACCCGACCGCCGCUACAAAACUCCACAAAGUCUACUUCUUCUGGAUCUGCAGGGACAAGGAUUCCUUCGAAUGGUUCCAAUCCCUCUUACUCGCCCUCGAAUCCCAAGACCUGAACCAGUUCAUCGAGAUCCACACCUUCCUCACCGGCAAACUACGACAUUCCGAAGUGGGCAACCUGAUGCUGAAUGACCAGGAUGCGUUUGAGGAUACAGUGACGGGACUCAGGGCGAGGACUUGUUUUGGACGGCCGAACCUGGAUCUCGAGUUUGAACGAAUCCGGGACCAUCAUGAGGAUACGGAUAUUGGGGUCUUCUUUUGUGGACCCAAGAAGAUGGGCAAACAGUUACAGGCCUGUUGCACAAAGUUUAGUAAUCAUACUACGCAGUUUGUCUGGCACAAAGAAAACUUUUAA